AUAUAAACCCCCCCCUCCCCCCCUCUCUUUCUCUCUCUAACCAAGUACAGUGUCUGAAGACGCCGUCUUCUCCUUUCUUCUCAACUCCAGCAAUGGCGACGGCAGCUUCUCCUCACGCCCUUCUCGUCCAAAACCCUAACCUUACUUCAAAAUCAUGUUUUUUGAAAAACCCAAUCACCAGCUACACCUUCCCUUCCAACAAGACCCACUUCACCACCUCGAUGCACUCAAACAAGUCUCUCUCGAUUACCUGUGUUGCGCAGGUUCAAGAUCGCUCUACCCAAACGGUCCAAUCCCAAGAGCGCGUCUUCAACUUUGCCGCCGGCCCUGCGAUUCUUCCUGAGAAAGUCCUGAAGAAGGCCGAAGCUGAAAUCUAUAAUUGGCGUGGUUCUGGUAUGAGCGUUAUGGAGAUGAGUCAUAGAGGUAAAGAAUUUCUUUCCAUAAUCCAAAAAGCGGAAGCGGAUCUGCGUCAGCUUCUGAAUAUUUCUUCCGAUUACGAGGUUUUGUUCUUGCAAGGCGGUGCCACUACCCAAUUUGCAGCGAUCCCUUUGAAUCUCUGCAAUCCCGAAGAUCCGGUUGAUUAUUUGGUUACUGGGUCUUGGGGAGAUAAGGCUUUUAAGGAAGCCCAGAAGUUCUGUAAACCUAAGGUAAUCUGGUCUGGGAAGUCCGACAAGUAUACAAAGAUCCCAUCUUUCGAUGAGUUGGAGCAAAACCGAGAUGCCAAGUAUUUGCAUAUAUGCGCCAAUGAAACCAUUCACGGUGUCGAGUUCAAGAACCAUCCGACCCCGAAGAACAAUGGCAAACUCUUGAUUGCAGAUAUGUCUUCUAAUUUCUGCUCGAAGCCCGUCGAUGUUUCGAAAUUUGGUCUCAUCUAUGCUGGAGCGCAGAAGAACGUGGGUCCAUCUGGUGUCACAAUAGUGAUCGUCAGAAAAGAUCUGAUCGGAAAUGCCCAGCCGAUUACACCCGUGAUGCUUGAUUACAAGAUCCACGCCGACAACAAAUCUCUCUACAACACCCCACCUUGUUAUGGUAUCUACAUGUGUGGACUAGUCUUUGAAGAUCUGUUGGAUCAGGGAGGUCUGGAGGAGGUUCAUAAGAAGAAUUUGAAGAAGGCAGAUAUUCUCUACAAUACGAUUGAUGCAAGUGGAGGAUUCUACAGAUGCCCAGUUGAGAAAUCAGUGAGGUCGCUCAUGAACGUGCCUUUCACUCUCGAGAGAUCGGAUCUGGAAGCAGAGUUCAUCAAGGAAGCUGCCAAAGAGAAGAUGGUUCAGCUUAAGGGUCACAGAUCGGUUGGUGGGAUGCGAGCUUCUAUCUAUAAUGCUAUGCCUUUGGCAGGGGUUGAGAAAUUGGUUGCUUUCAUGAAGGAUUUCCAGGCAAGGCAUGCUUGAUCCAGGCAUAUCUACCCCUGUACUCUGCUCUACUGUAUCUUGUUUCGGAUUUUGUUUCUCUAGACUUAAUAGUUUUUCUGUUCACCCUUUGGUUUGUUACAUUUUGGUUGUAAUUUCUGCCGCAUUUAAAUCAAAAUUUUGAAUACGAUACUAUUGUAAUGGGCAGAUUUGAAUACUUGAGUGUUAUGAAUCACACCAUGAAAUUUCAUCUGAGAGUUACUAAUCUUCUUCA